AUGACGACGGAUUCAAGCAUCCUCGACAGGUACUGCCUAGUCACCGUCGGCGCAACCGUCGGCUUUGAAGAAUUGACAAAACAAGUCCUACAGCCUGCCUUUUGGCAAUUCCUCUCCUCAAAGGGUUUCACAGAACUCCAUAUCCAAUGUGGACCAGACAUUUCCUGGGCGAGCGCCAUAUUCUCAGAUCAAAAGGGGAAACUCCCCCAAGGGUUUCAAAUUGAUGUUUUUGACGUCAAGAAUAAUCUGAUGAAGGAUGAAAUGGUCCUCUGCCAAGCUCGAGCCGGUGAGAGGGCUGAAGGCCUGGUCAUCUCACAUGCGGGUACGUAUCAGCAACGACGCAUGCUACACAAAACACAUCCUUACGAAACACCAGGAACUGGGACGAUUCUUGAUGCGUGGAAAAUGGGACUACCGCUUGUUGUAGUGCCCAAUACUAGCUUGCUCAAUGACCAUCAAACUGAAAUGGCUAAGCACCUAAUGAAGCAGGGUUACGCAACAAUGAGCUCCACGGAUCGCCUUGAUCUUCAGGAAGCGAUUCACAAGGCGGUCCUUCUUUGGGAAGAGAAUAAGACGACCCGCUGGCCGGCUCACAAGGUCGAAGGCACGAAGAAGGAAGCUCUUCGAUUGUGGGAUAUCAAGCCCGGGGAAGUACAAAAGGAAGAAAUAUCGCACAUGGCUCAUGACUAG